AAAGCAGCUUGCAAAAUGCUUUGCGGAAAUCACAAGCAAUCUCUAAGCCACCACCGGGUUGAUAUGAAACUCAUCAUCCCAGGAUCUGAGGGACACACAAAGAGCUCCGUCUUCGGAGAUGAAAGUUUAUUAGCAGUCCGCAACUUGCGAUAUAAUCGGCUUGCGUUAUUCUUCGAUAUUUCGAAUCUGUUACCAAACAACAAGUCCGCCAUGUCGUUCGCCAAGGUGUUCGUCGUCGGGUUCGUCUUCAGCCUCCUCAGCAUCGCCUCCGGGGAGAUUUACGACAGGACUCUUUUCAUCAGGAGUCUUCCCGGAUUUCCUGGCUACAGGAGCGACCUUUACGAGGUCUACAUGGAGCCCUAUCUUUUCUCAAUGGGACUGAAAGCGGUCGUCCAAGUCAGGGCCCUCGGGGAUGAUGGUUCUCCUGUCGAUGGACCCCGUGGAGAACUGACUCUUCAACAAUACUUUGAAGGACUCAGGAUAAACGGGACAAUAGAAGGACUAAGCCCGGGACUCCACGGAUUCCACGUUCACGAAAAGGGCGAUUUGAGACAGGGGUGCAAGUCUGCAGCCGGUCACUACAAUCCUUACACGAUGCGUCACGGAGCCCCAAAUGAUCUACUUCGGCAUGUGGGUGACUUGGGAAAUAUCGAGGCGGGUGAAGAUGGAAUCGCGAAAGUGGAUAAAAUGGACCAUUAUCUGACAUUGACCGGAGUUCGCGGUGCGAUAGGCCGAACCCUUGUUGUCCAUGAAAAAGCUGACGAUUUUGGACGGGGUCAAAGUGACGAUAGUUUAACAACAGGCGCUGCCGGGAAUCGUGUCGCCUGCGGAAUAGUUGGAUUCCUGUAAAUAAUCAGUCCUAUAAAAGUGUGUGAAACACAAUUUAUAUACACAUUAUGCUGCGUUACAGACACAAUUUACCAUUUUGCCUGGCACUCGCAAUCAGUUUUCUCACCAAUAAACAUCCGUCGAACUAA